UUCUCAAAUCCAUCAAAUAUAUUCCAUCAUAUUUAGUGUUUCUGUUUGAUAAUAAGCAAUAAUAAUGUCUACUGUCAAACAAAAUUCAAUCCUCCUGUCAGUCUUUGCACUUGUCUUUUUGUUGAACUCUUGCCACUGUUUUAAACCCAAAUCUUUCAAUGUUUCAAUGUCUUCAGACUCUGAUUGGUCACCGGCCGGAGCAACUUGGUACGGUGGUCCCACUGGCGCCGGUAGUGACGGUGGAGCAUGUGGAUAUCAGAAUGCAGUGGAUCAGGCACCGUUCAACUCACUGAUUGCCGCCGGAAACCCUACAAUAUACAAGUCCGGCAAAGGAUGUGGAGCUUGUUAUCAGGUGAAAUGCAGCUCACAUUCUGCAUGCUCAGGCAACCCAGUGACUUUAACUGUAACGGACGAGUGUCCAGGUUGUACAUCAGAAGCAGUUCAUUUUGAUUUAAGCGGUACUGCUUUUGGAGGUAUGGCCACUUCCGGCCACGCUGAUCAACUCCGUAAUGCCGGUGUCUUGCAGAUUCAGUAUAAAAAAGUUCCGUGCAACUACCCUGGCAGAAGUGUGGUGUUUCGGGUGGAUUCUGGUUCAAACCCUCACUAUUUCGCAACCCUAAUCGAGUACGAAGACGGAGAUGGCGAGCUACGUUCCAUGGAGCUCAAAGAGGCUCUAGACGAAGAAGAGUCAUGGAUGCCUAUGCAACAAUCUUGGGGUGCAGUUUGGCGGCUCAAUUCUGACUCUGUUCUGCGUGGCCCAUUGUCUCUCAGGCUCACCUCACUCGAGUCCGGCAAGACCAUCGUCGCAAGUGGCGUAAUUCCGGCUGGUUGGCAGCCUGGGAAGACUUACCGAUCAGUUGUCAAUUUCUAGGAUAACUGUAAUAAUAACUAUAUAUAUUAUAGAUUGUAGCUGGUAUUUUCCAUGGAGCAGACUUGUUAAAAUUAGAGUCCACGUGGAAAUUAAAGGCUUUAUUGUACUAUCUGAUUAUGCCCUACUAUUAUAAAAAAACUACCAGUACUAAUUACUAUAAAGUUA